GGCGCACAGUAUAAGAAGGGGCGGAGCGCGGGAAAGCUGUAUCAUAACACAGUGAGAAGGACACACGGAGGUUGAUGCUCGCGCGCAGACCUGUAAUGAAUACAAAUAUGAAGCAGAGAGCUGACUCAGAGAAGCCUUCAAUGUCAAAGAACUACUUGGUGAAUAAGACAAAUGCCUGUGUUGCUCCAAGGAGGACGUUAAAAGUUAUCCAACCCUCUGCAGCUGGCCAUCUUGUUGGAAGAGAUAAAGAGCCCACCAAGAAUUCUACAAAAAGAAAACUCUGGAACGAUCAGCAAUCGUCAAAGAAAGCUAAAGUGGAAAUUGCUAUUGACCCAGAACAAGGAGAAAAUCAAGGCUGUUCAAAUGAAGCAUUUGAACUUAUGGUGAAAGAGAAUCCUACUUACCUCUACUGGAAGGAAAUAGCAGAGGAAAGAAGAAAGGCACUUUAUGAAGUAUUACAAGAGAAUGAAAAGCUACACAAAGAAAUAGAAUUCAAAGAUAAUGAAAUUGAGCGCUUGAAGCAGGAAAAUGAUGAGUUAAUGGAGCUUGCAGGACAUGUGCAAUACAUGACUAACAUGAUUGAGAGGCUAACUGGAAGUGCCCCACAAAGCCUUGAAGAUCUAAAAAAUUUAGACUUGGAAGAAGCAAGGUGUGAUGAAGCAGAGUGUGAGGAGGAACAGGACUUAAGUUCUGAUAGUCUGAAUGAAGCAUCUGUUUAACCUAUGGUGGACUGUCAUUUGACUUUUAUUUUAAAGUGGCCAAACUAAUCUUGACUUAUCUGGGAUAAAUACAACUCCCCCCACACUUAAAGAAAGCAAUCUCAUACUCUUCCAAAGGCAGAACGCUUUGAUUUUAAAAUUUAUGGAACAUCCAAUGACAUCUUGAUUGGGCUAGACUAGCCUAUAUCUGAAAAUGUUUGUAUUCCAACUGGUCACUUGUCUCUACAGCAAAUACUAUGUAUUUUUCUACUUUAUAUUCUGUAAAUAGUUUUUAAUCUGUUGGCCUUGAUCCGAGGUGGUUGUAUAUAUUUGAAUAAACUUCAAUUUGAAUGUA